UUACCAACUAACAUCACACGUCGUCGAACGCUGUCCGCCAUCGGACGCGAACUCGCGCAGUGACUGACCGAGAAGGUAGAAAACGCGCGAACUGUGUCCUUUUAAAAGCAUAAUAAAAAAAAUAUAAACAAGCGCCUUGUGCCAAGUGCAGUGACUCUGCGUUCUAAAGGAAUUUGUUGUCGGUUUAAUUAUUUUGUUUCCUGGCAACUGUUGCAUUUAAAAUGGCUGCACAGGACGCGGCAAUGUUAGAAAAAUGUGAGGCACCCAAUGGAACAGCGAGUGCAUGUGGCAGCACGGUGAAAUUAAAGCGUGAAUUGGGGCUGUAUUCAGCAGUGAAUCUAAUUCUCGGUGUCAUGAUUGGCUCAGGAAUCUUUGUGUCACCAGCAUCAGCAUUAGAGCAUUCAGGAUCAGUGGCACUGUGUCUAAUUAUAUGGACGAUAUCAGGCAUAAUAUCCUUAUUAGGAGCAUUAUCCUUCGCCGAAUUGGGAACUGUAGUCAAUAAGUCAGGAGCAGAAUACUCAUAUUUUCAAGAAGCUUUCGGAAAAAUACAUAAGUUUUGGGGUCCAUUACCCUCAUUCAUAUGUGCAUGGAUUUAUGUCGUGAUUCUCAGACCAGCUGAAGUGGCUAUAAUUGUGAUGACGUUUGCUGAAUAUGCAAUACAGCCAUUCACUCAUAAUUUACAAGAAGAUUAUAAGCACAUGGUAAUCAAGUUGGGGUCACUAACAGCAUUACUUAUAAUGACAUACAUAAAUAUAACGAGCGUGAAGCUGUUCGUUAGAGUACAGAAUGUGUUUGGCGUGUGUAAAGUAUUCGCGUGUCUCGUCGUUAUCGGGGGAGGAUUAUACGAGAUCGCUAGAGGUAACACAGAGAACUUGAAGAAAGGCUUCGAAGGCAGCACGACGAGCCCGGGCGGCAUUGCUCUGGCCCUCUACUCGGGGCUGUGGGCGUACGAUGGCUGGAACAGCGUGACAGUCGUCACCGAGGAGAUCAUCAACCCUUCCGUGAACGUUCCACUGAGCAUAUCGAUCGCGGUGCCGCUGAUCACCGCUCUGUAUGUCUGCAUGAACGUCGCCUACAUGACGGUGCUGAGCUACGCGGAGAUGAUCUCGGUGCCGGCGGUGGCGGUUGCGUUCGGCGCGCGGGUGCUAGGACCGGCCAGCUUCCUCAUACCGCUCGGCGUCGCAAUCGCCACCUUCGGGUGCGCUAUGAGCGUACAGUUCGGUAUCACCAGAGUGUGCUACACAGCUGCACGGGGCGGUCACAUGUUAGAAGUAUUUUCCUAUGUAAAUAUAAAGCGACUAACACCGGCGCCAGCGGUCGCCUUUCAGGCAAUCCUAACAUCCAUAUUCAUUUUAGUUGGCAACAUUCGAACCCUUAUAGAAUUUGCUAGUUGGUUCCUGUGGUUUUUCUAUGGGCUUGGCAUGGUGGCACUACUGGUCCUAAGAAAGACACAAGCGCACAAGCACCGGCCCUACAAAGUGCCGACUGCGGUGCCCUGCUUUGUGUUGCUAUUAGCAAUAUUCCUGUCAGUGUUCCCAAUUGUGCACGACCCGUCAAUUAAAUAUUUAAUAGCAGUCGGAUUAAUGGUAAUAGGAAUAUUUGUAUACACAAUAUUUGUGUAUUAUAAGAAAACGCCUACAUAUAUUUUAAGCAAGUUCACAUUUGUUACACAAGUACUAUUCGAGAGCGUCCCGCCAAGCGGCAAUCGUCAAGACUGAUCUAAUUUAAUAUUGCAUGACAUAUCCAUAGCUUAGAUUAUAUAGACAGAAUGUCAAGUCUUAAAAACGGGUCAACUUUUUGUCAGCUAAUUGUCAAAUUAGCUCUUUUUUUUAUUAGUGUUCUAUAUACUUACGUACAUGACGUAUUUAUAUUUAAUUAUUUAAUAAAUAGAGUAUUUUCGCAUUAAAAAAGUGCAAAAAUUUGUUAAACAAAAAUAGAAUUAAUUAUCAUAGGCAAGUAUCUCCAAUUUUAAACAUACAUACUAUUAUAAAUAUUCACAUUUCAUUCAAAAGAAUUCGCGCCAUAUUUUAGUGUUGCAAGUAUCUGAAAAAAAUUCUCCAUAAUUGAAUUUAUAAUCCCGAAAAGAGGUAGAUUAUUUUCAAUAUGAAUUGAAUUAUUUUUAAUUAUAAUUCUUAUGUAUAUACUAUUUUCUAACAUAAUAUAAGUAUAAUAUAUAUAUGUAGGUAUGUACAUAGAGAUAUUAUUGAGUAUUAUGUAGACUAUUCAUUAUUAUUCAUAUCCACAUUAACUUUUUAUUAUUUAAAAAAUUGUGCUUUGUUAUUUGACAGAUUGGAUUCAAAAUAGAUUUCGGAGGAUUCCUAUAUAUAUCAAAUAUAGAUUUGGUAUCAGAAUUAAUUAAAAUGGCCGUCAUUUUUAUUAUUUUAUCGAAUGCUUUCAAAACCAAUAUCUUAGAAUACCUAUACACUUCAAAUAUAAAUCGCGUCUCAGAAUUAAUCAAAAUGACCGCCAUUUGACCAAUUCGACAAAAUCGAUAUCUGAGGAUCCGUGUACACUUUAAAUGGAUCCGGUGCAUAAAAUUAAAAUGGUAUUCACUUCCAUUAAUCUGACACCAAUGCAUUUUUUAAAUCUACAAAGAUUCUAAGAUAUUCAUUUUUUAAAAAAUCGGUUAAAAGAAACUAUCAAAGCGGUCGUUACUUUUAGUGAAAUUAUCCGUCUAUAUUUGAAAUAUACAUGGAUCCAUAAAUACCAAUUUCUGUAGUUUAUUAUUAUGAAGUUCUGUCUACUGCAUUCUUUGAAAUAUAAUAAUAAUAAAUAAGUAGUAUGAUUAUACAUGUAAAUAAAGUCAAAUAUUGUAAAGGAUUAAUUAAUCCUAAUUAAACAAUAAAUAAAUAAUAAGAAAUCUUAAAUUAAUAAUUUCUAACCUGGUAACCUUAUCACUGGUAAAAAAAAAAUAGAGGGCAAAGGAAGAAAAAUAAUUAUAUGAUACGGAUGAAAACACUAGGUGUUAUGUCGUAUAUAGAGCUCAAAUAUAUGGCCCGGAAUAGAGCUGACUGGAAAAAAAAACAUGAAUUAGUUGCGCCUACAAGAGGAAACUCUGAAAUUAAAAAUAGAAGAACCUUAUCACGCACAGUUAUAUUAAAAAGUUGACCCGCUUUUAUCGAAGCAUUUGUAUGAAGAAUAUGUAUAUAUUCUAAGGUCAUAUCAUUUGUAAAUAUUGAUGAAAUAAUUAUAAGUUAUUUUUACUAUA